CUCUCUUCUGUCGUGACAACACUCACCAUGUCUCUUGGACUUCACUCUCUUAGCAUUCCCCUCUACACGGCAAGUACUGGUACCUCGCCCACCACAACCACUCGUUACUACAAUCAUGCCCUCAUGAUCUCGUAACACAGAGGAAGUGCAACUUCGGGUGUUAUCUGCUUUUUCCGCUUUUCGUAGCACGGCAGGUUCACACAACAGCAACGACAAGCAUACUCGGGACCCACUUGCUCGGAGCACAAGAGGACUGCGUCCAUGGUGGGACUCAUGGCCUCGCAGGUGCCGGAAGCUAAUUGUGCAAUAUGCGGUGCUCCUCCAUUUCCUGAAUGUCCUCACGAAGGCGAGAGGCUCGAAUUGGCACUGAAUCAAGCAUGGGAACGAUGGGCUUGGACAGAGCAAAUCAAAAAGUGGGUGCUCGACCACGCCCGUAACCAAAUCAUAACCACAUUCAACGAAAUGCGAGCCAUGCGAGUAGAAGCACAUCGAAACUACCUCCAAACUCUCCCCUUCUAUACCCUCUACCAUCGCUACAACGGCGCCCCACCUCUAGCACCCGCUCAGCUCCAACUCAUCCACUCUCAAAUCAACGCCGCGCAUCACACACUACAACAAGGCGUCGAUCAAGACUGGCGAACAUCCUGCAUGCAAUAUCCGCAAGUGUUGGACUACUACUUCAAUUUGGUCAAUGUGCGUUUACCGAACGACAACGACCCGAUGAUCGCAGAUCCGAGAUUCGGUGCGCCGAAAGAUCCGCCGCGGAGGGUGAAAGAGAGGAGGGAGAGUGUGGAGUAUCGCGAGGCGCCGGUGAAAGAGCAUAGGAAGAAGGAGCGAAGGAGGAGUCGAACGGGGAAUACGCCACCGCCUGUGCCGAUGCCGGAUCGUUAUGAUCGGUAUCGAUGAGGUGGAUGAACUGCAUGGGAUCGCAUUUCCGGAUGAGCGUGGAGGCGUUUGAAUGGAUAUAUGGUUGAGUUGGGCAUAGACAGCGUUAUAGCUGGGGAGUUCAGAGAAUUGAGCGUACAGCGAACAUGUCUUUAAUGUUCAGUCGUGGGGUAUAGCUGGCGCAGUGGAGAGCUGCACAUUUUUGUACAUAUUCAAUGAUCUCACUCGCAUCUGCUACCAAUACCCAUCGCCGUAUUCAGCGAGGUCCGCCAUGAGUUGCCGCUCGAAGCUCACAUCAUACUCGUCCGACAUAUCAUCGUC